ACUUAAAUACAAUGACUUUUUGCAAGAUAUAACUAGGCAUUUGGCAAGUCAGUUCCCUGAUCAUACAGACAUUUACAUGACAGCAGCUCUUCAGGCAUUUGAGAGUCAGUGGCCAGUUGUUCAAGCAAAUGCUGCAUAUUUUUCAGGGUGUCUGCAGUCGCAGCUCAGCGACAAAAAACCCAUAGCUGUCUUCUUACCACAGGUCACAUCGGCACUGGUGCGAAUGACAGCCGGCACAUCUAGUGCAGUUGUGCGAGCGAAAUCAGCAGCAGCGUUAAGCUUUCUCCUUCGUGAUAUCCCCCCUCUCAGCUGAUAACUGUCCUCACUCACUGCCUCCCCUAUGUUCCUGUAUUCAAAAUUUCAAUUUGAUGCAAACAUUAGAGCUUGAUACAGACAAUGGACCUGGUGGAGGCAAUUUGAACUCUUCCAGGACCGUAGAGCUAUACGAGA